AUGAAUCUGUAUUAUCUAAAGAGCACCAUGUCUCGCCGCCAUGCUACCCACGGUGGAUCGGCCAUCGCGGAGUCUCUACCGAACGAAGCCGAAGCGUAUCCUUUUUCCAACACACAGCACAAUUCGCCAACCCAGCAUCGAGGCCCGAUUGAAGGUCCGGGUGGACGGAAGCUCGUUCGCAGGCUUACCUGGCGCUCCACGAGCUAUAAGUUUGUGGCCUUUCUCUGGGUUCUGGGGGUGUUUUAUCUUGUCUGGCUGAUUCGGGAUAUGUUCUGCUUCCCCUCUUUCUUCUCAUCUGCUUCGUCCAUUGUCUCUCAUCUGGACGAGUGA